GUUUAAUCCUUCUCAGUUUAAGCUGAGUUGUGUAAUUUACUCCACGCAGCCUGCAAUGUUACUCUAGUACUAUCUCCUGCCGCUAAAAUACCAAGAUGCUUGUGAACAAAACAUUUAAAAACCUGCAAUUUGCAGAAUGCAAAGAUUAGUUUAAGAUUGCAAUAUUAUAGAUUUAAACAAACUCGCCGGUAGAGCACAGCGUCAGAUCCUCAAAUCUCCUCCGGAAAUACGGAGAGGGUUUAAGGGAAUAUUUGAGGAUUUGGCCUCAUGUGGUAGUGUCUCUAGCCCUGAAUGGAAGACCUGGAUUCAAGUCCCACCUGCUCCAAAGCUGUAAAUAACACAUCUGAACAGGUUUUAUUGAGUGUUUAUUGAUUCACUGUGGAAAGCAUGGCUGAUGUACCUCUGGAAGAAGAUGAAGAAGAAUGCCCCAAACUGAUCCCAAUUGAAACAGAUUCCAAUUUGGGGAGUGCGCGGAUCCCAGUGACAAUCAUAACUGGAUAUUUAGGUGCUGGGAAAACAACUCUUCUGAAUUACAUUCUAACGGAACAACACAAUAAGAGAAUUGCAGUCAUUCUUAAUGAGUUUGGUGAAGGGAGUGCACUAGAGAAAUCACUGGCUGUAAGCCAUGCAGGAGAACUUUAUGAGGAAUGGUUGGAGUUACGGAAUGGAUGUCUUUGUUGUUCAGUGAAGGACAAUGGUUUGAAAGCAAUUGAAAACCUCAUGCAGAAAAAGGGCAAGUUUGACUAUAUACUCCUGGAAACUACAGGAUUGGCUGAUCCAGGUGCUGUUUCCACCAUGUUUUGGGUUGAUGCAGAAUUAGGGAGUGACGUUUAUCUUGAUGGUAUUAUUUCUGUUGUUGAUGCAAAAUAUGGAAUGCAGCAUCUGUCAGAAGAGAAACCUAAAGGUUUGGUUAAUGAAGCAGCCAGGCAGAUCGCGCUUGGUGAUCUUAUUAUCAUUAACAAAACAGACCUGGUUCAACAAGAGGAACUGGAAGAUUUGAAAACUGCUGUAAGGUCAAUCAAUGGACUUGCCAAGUUAAUUGAAACACAAAGAUCAAGGGUUGAACUUAGCGAAGUUCUUGAUCUGCAUGCUUUCGAUAGCCAAGCCAGUGAAAGUUUGCAGGAAAAAUUAUGCCUUGUGCAGUCAGGCCAGCCUCACCUUGAUAAGAGGAUCCUUACAGUUACAUUUGAAAUCCCUGGCACCAUUCUUGAAGAAGAUUUAAACAUAUACCUUCAGAAUCUUUUAUGGGAAAAAUGUUUGAAAAAUAAGUCUGGCAAUCCAAUGGAUAUUAUACGUUUAAAGGCCAUUGUGUCUAUACAUGGAAAACCACAGCAAGUGAUUGUUCAAGGAGUCUACGAACUAUAUGAGCUGGAAGAAACCUCAGUCAACUGGAAUACUGACUGUGAAAGAAUCAACAGAUUUGUAUUUAUAGGAAGAAACUUGGAUAAAGAAAUUCUAGAAGAACUGUUUUCCUCAACUGUAAUGAAGAGAGGAGAGUCCAGCUGAAAUUUUAAUGGAAAUAUUACAGACAGAAAUCUAUUCUGGAGGAAAUUAUCUUUUUCCUAUUGGCUCUGUCUGUUUGUUGAGUUUUAACUAUCUGGUAUGCAUUUAUCACCAGCACCACAGUUAGCCACACCAAAGCAGAUUUCAUCAUCCUCACUGCACGUCAAAUGAUGACGUUACCUGAGAAACAAACAAACCCCCAGUAAUAAAGUCUUUUGACUCUCAACCGUGACCUGAUUGAGUUGCAAAUAUCUAAUAAUUCGGUGAAUUAUAUUUGUAGAAUAUUUUAAAUGACUUUAUUUGUGAACUUUGAUCUCACUGAUGUCACAGUGUUUGUAGUAAAGAAUGGGGCAUUA